AUGGUCACAGCAACAAGAGCUGAAGUGAUUACAGCUCCCAAGCAAAGAAGCAGACCUGUAUUUCCUGAGUUAUCAAUACAAGGCAUUCCUAUUGCUGAUUUACAUGUACAAGAAAUUGUUCAAAGGCAGUCUCAGACUUACAGCAUGGACAGAGAAGGCGGCCGCAGAAAGCCACAGUUCUGUCCUAGCUUUCUUGAAGAAGCAUAUGAAAGGUGCAGGAACAUUUGUGCAGAAUAUGCCAAGACAUUCUAUCUAGGCACUUUACUAAUGACAGAGGAGCGUCAAAAGGCAAUAUGGGCAAUCUAUGUUUGGUGUAGAAGAACAGAUGAACUGGUGGAUGGCCCCAAUUCUGUCUACAUGAGCUCUGAAGUUCUUGAUAGAUGGGAAGAGAGGCUGCAAGACAUUUUCGAAGGACGGCCUUACGACAUGCUUGAUGCUGCAUUAACACACACAGUUUUCAGUUUCCCCUUAGACAUCAAGCCUUUCAGGGACAUGAUCGAGGGUAUGAGAAUGGACACAAGAAAAUGUCGCUACCAGAAUUUUCAAGAGCUUUAUCUUUACUGCUACUACGUGGCAGGGACGGUCGGCCUAAUGAGUGUUCCUGUAAUGGGAAUUGCACCAGAUUCUCUGAUUUCUGCUCAAAGCACAUAUGAUGCUGCACUAUAUUUGGGCAUUGGAAAUCAACUCACAAACAUCCUUAGGGAUGUUGGGGAGGAUGCUAUGAGAGGGAGAGUUUAUCUUCCCCAAGAUGAGCUAGCACAGUUCGGGUUAGGCGAUAACGACGUUUUCUCAAGAAAGGUGACUGAUCAGUGGAGAGAGUUCAUGAAAGAACAGAUCACAAGAGCAAGGUUCUAUUUCAACCUGGCAGAGGAGGGAGCUUCUCAGCUUGACAAGGCUAGCCGUUGGCCGGUAUGGUCAUCGCUACUGAUUUAUCGUAACAUCUUGGAUGCGAUCGAGGAUAACGAUUACGAUAACUUGACAAAGAGAGCAUAUGUAAGGAGAGCUAAGAAACUUCUCAUGUUGCCUUUGGCAUACUCAAGAUCUCUGUCAACAAGUAGCUUGCUCUCUCAGCAGCACAAGAACGUAAGGAGUACAAAAUCGUUAUGA